AGCCUGGGAUGUGUGCCAGGGUUGUUCUGCUCUGGGGGACUGUUGGCUCUUGGCCGCUAUUGCCUCUCUCACCCUGAAUGAAGAAAUUCUGGCCCGUGUUGUUCCCAAAGACCAGAGCUUCCAGGAUAAAUAUGCAGGAAUUUUCCACUUCCAGUUCUGGCAGUAUGGGGAGUGGGUGGACGUUGUGGUGGACGACAGGCUGCCCACCAAGAAUGGGGAGCUGCUCUUCGUGCACUCGGCGGAGGGCAGUGAGUUCUGGAGCGCGCUGCUGGAAAAGGCCUAUGCCAAGCUGAACGGCUCGUACGAGUGUCUCUCCGGUGGCACCACCACUGAAGGCUUUGAGGACUUCACCGGUGGAAUUGCAGAAUGGUAUGAGCUGCAGAAGGCACCACCUAACCUCUUCAAAAUCAUCCAGAAGGCACUUCAGAAAGGCUCUCUCCUUGGCUGCUCCAUUGAUAUCACUAGUGCGGCAGAGACGGAGGCAGUCACUUCCCAGAAGCUGGUAAAGGGACACGCAUACUCGGUCACCGGGGCAGAGGAGGUGAACUUCCGAGGAACAGUGCAGAAGCUGAUCAGAAUCCGAAAUCCCUGGGGGGAAGUGGAGUGGACCGGAAGGUGGAAUGACAACUGCCCAAACUGGAGUGGUGUUGACCCUGAGGUGCGGGAGCGCCUGACCAGGAGGCAUGAAGAUGGGGAAUUUUGGAUGGCGUUCAAUGACUUCUUGAGACAUUACUCCCGCCUGGAGAUCUGCAACCUGACUCCAGACACACUGGCAAGUGACAGGUACAAGAAGUGGAGCCUGCUGAAGCUGGAUGGGAACUGGAGGCGAGGAGCCACUGCAGGGGGCUGCAGGAAUUACCCAAACACUUUCUGGACGAAUCCACAGUAUUUAAUCAAGCUGGAGGAAGAUGAUGAGGAUCCUGAUGAUCCUGAGAGGGGCUGCACUUUCCUCGUUGGCCUGAUUCAGAAGCACCGGCGGAAGCAGAGGAAGAUGGGAGAGGACAUGCACACCAUCGGCUUUGCGAUUUAUGAGGUGCCCCCAGAGUUUUCUGGCCAGACAAAUAUUCAUCUCAGCAAAAACUUUUUCCUGACCAACAAAGCAAGAGAAAGAUCAAACACCUUCAUCAACCUCCGAUUUUGGUUCAAGCUCCCUGCAGGAGAAUAUAUCAUUGUGCCCUCGACCUUUGAACCCAACAAGAAUGGGGAUUUCUGUCUGCGAGUCUUCUCUGAAAAAAAUGCAAACUCCACGUAU